AGCCCAGAGUCACCCAGCGUCGGCCUCUUUCCAUUAAACCACGCUGCCCUGUUUCGCUCCUCGGCAACUGAGUGAUGCCCCACCUCACGGUACGAUGUCCUAUCUCUCCAGCUGCCCCAUGAAGCUAACGUGAACCCAAGUGGAGGGCGUCCCCCUUCUGCAAACUUGGCAGAAUGACCAAAACCCACUACUUCCGCCUUUGGGUGGUGCUGGGGUCCGUCUUCACAAUAUUCCUCAUUAUUGUAUAUUGGGACAAUGUGGGGACAGCUCACUUCUACCUGCACACAUCUUUUUCUAGGCCUCAUCCUCCCGGAGUCCUCCCCACUACCGGACAGGAGGAGGAGAAGGACGUUCUCUCAGAUGUAGAUGAAUUUUUGGAUAAGCUCCUCGGCUUCAGCCUGAAGCCACGUGGACCUUCGAGAAAAAGGAUCGAGCAGCCUCUCGCGCGGGGCUCCAGCAAGCCCGUCGUGGACAACAUGGAGGAGAGCGUAAGAGGCUACGACUGGUCCACCCACGACACCGUGAGGAGCCCAGACCAGGAGAAGCUGCAGGCGGAGAGGAGGAAUGUGCUGAGGGAGUUCUGUGCCAACUCCAGCUUGUCCUUCCCUACCAAGGAGCGUUCUUUCGAUGACAUCCCCAACUACGAAUUAAACCACCUCAUCGUGGACGACCGCCACGGGAUCAUCUACUGCUACGUGCCAAAGGUGGCCUGCACCAACUGGAAGCGGGUGAUGAUCGUUCUGAGUGAGAGUCUGCUGGACCGGGGCACGCCGUACCGAGAUCCCCUGGAUAUCCCCCGGGAGCACGUCCACAACUCCAGCACCCACCUCACUUUCAAUAAAUUCUGGCGUCGCUAUGGCAAGUUCUCGCGCCACCUCAUGAAGAUCAAGCUCAAGAAGUACACUAAGUUUCUGUUUGUCCGCGAUCCCUUCGUGCGCCUCAUCUCGGCCUUCCGCAGCAAGUUUGAACUGGAGAACGAAGAGUUCUAUAAGAAGUUUGCCGUCCCGAUGCUGAAGCUGUAUUCAAACCACAGCAGCCUGCCCACCUCAGUCAGCGAGGCCUUUGGUGCCGGCCUGAAGGUCUCCUUUCCGGACUUCAUCCAGUACUUGCUGGAUCCGCGGACGGAGAAGCUGGCUCCCUUUAAUGAGCACUGGAGGCAGGUCUACCGCUUGUGCCACCCCUGCCAGAUCGACUAUGACUUCGUCGGGAAGCUGGAGACGCUGGACGAGGACGCGGCACAGCUGUUGCGGCUCCUCAAAGUGGACAAGCUUCUUCACUUUCCCCCUAGCUACCGGAACAGGACUGCUAGUAGCUGGGAGGAGGAUUGGUUUGCCAAAAUCCCUCUGUUCUGGAGGCAACAGCUUUACAAGCUUUAUGAGGCUGAUUUCGUUCUCUUCGGAUACCCCAAACCAGAAAACCUACUCAGAGACUAAAAAAAGAACAGAAAUGACGUCCAGAAACCAAAAAUGUCUUGCAUUGUAGCUUUUUAAACAAAAUUAGGGGCCUUCUAAACCAGAUUCUCCUCUUUCUCCCCCCACCCCCACCCCUUCCCACCAACCCCAUCCACUGAGGACAGGAAAAUUAAGUACCAUUUUUUAUAAUCUGCUUUUCUCUCUCUCAAUUCACUGCACUGCAAAAUUCCAGGGUGUUCUCGCCAACCGUGCAGCAGCAGAAAAAUCUGGAAUCCAUCAUGAGCACUCCAAUUUUUUUUUUCAACCUAUUUUGCAAUCUGGGUAUAUUGUUUACUCCACUGCCUUUGUUCUUUGCCUUUGUUAAUAUUUUUUUAAAAAUUAAUAUAUUUCAGAUAUUUAAUGUGAAAUUUGGAGAAGGACAUUAUGGAGUAAAAUGUUUCCCCUGUUGUUUUACCUCUUGCAUUUUUCUCCCUUAAAGGCCCAGGUGAAUUUCAAUGUGCCUGUGAAAGUUCUAGCACUUGCAUUGCUGGGAGUGAACUUUGGAACUUGAGAGUGGCUCUGGAAAGUCUUGUUGAACUCUUUAGUAGAAUUUUAGGGUGGGAAAAGGAGUAGUUGUUUUCCAAUCGAGAUCUCUUCUAGUGGCAGGCAUCUUUUAGAGUGCUGCACGUUUUGGACUCCCUGGGCCUUUUGGGAACACUGUUUGGUAGUUCGUAUAUUCAAGAUUUGUAAAUUAAAGUUUCCGGGUCCCUGUUGGCUACUAAAUAACCUAUUCUGUUUCCAAGAGCAGAGAGAAAUGUCAGUUCACUACGUUCUCUGCAGGCCAGAAACUGGAGAUCGUGCAGAGUGGGAGAGUGGUCUGCCCAAAUAUUGCUCAACCUCAUCUCAACCACGUUUCCCAAGAGGGGCUUAAAUUAGGCGUCUUCCGAUACCCUCUUUUCCCUUCCCAUUCAGAGGACCUUGUUGAUACUCUUCCUCUGCCCCUGUGGAUGUGGCUAUACCCAUAUCCCCUCUCCACCUGCCCAACAGCUAGACUUUCUCUGCCCCCCUCCCUUCAAGGGCUUUCUUCAUCCAACAAUCUCCAAUCUCCUCACCCCACCCGACAGGGGUUCUUUUUAUUCUGGAAAAGACAUAAGAAGAGAGAUGCAGCUCUCCUUUGCAGAUGCCGGACAUGGCAAGCCAGCAGAUGCAUAUUACCCAGCUGAUGAAAAAUAAAUUAUGCUGGCAAUUGAGUGUUUAUGCAUUUUUUUCGAGCCCUGAAUAUCAUGCUUCAGAAGAUAUUGACAAGUUUUCUUUGUGGGAUUUUAGUAGCUCUUGUUACUUAGGUAAUUCAGUCUUUACUAACUAUUAUUUUUUAUCAAGUGCCAUCUAAUCGUUUCGGAUUCAUAGCGACUCUAUGGAUAUAUUUUCUCCAGGACAUCCUGUCUUCUGCCACAGUCCGUAACCUUUCUUAUAGUUUUCGUUGUUAUGGUCUCUUUCCAUCUAGCUGCUGGUCUGCCUCUCCCACGUUUUCCCUGGACUUUUCCUAGCAUUAGUGUCAUCUCCAGAGAAUUGGUCCUCCUGAUUAUGUGUCCGAAAUAUGCUAAUCUAAGUUGUCAUUUGACCUUCCAAAGACCACUUUGGCUUAAUUUGCUCCAGAAUCCAUUUUUCAACAAAAUCCAAAAUAGUAAAUAAUGAGGUAAUAAAGGAAAUAAGUAGCUGUUUGUCUUAGAAACAAGAUUUUUGACUACAGGUCUGCUCUCUGAUACAACAUGCAGGGCUUAGAGUGCAUUUUACUGCUUAGCUUAAAGUGAAAAAGAGAAGCUUCCCUAUAGUUCAAAAACUUGGGGAAAUAAUCGUGGCAGGCAUGAAAGGAAGCAACAAGGAUAUGCAUUUUCAGAUACUGUUACCAAUGUGAUUACUCCCACAGCAUUUUUUCUUUAUCAGUGUCUUUAAUCAUUUUGUUUGAUGACCCUUGAUUCAGAGAAGUGAUUGCAUCCACCCUGUCUAGAAGCAUUUUUGUGGGUAUUGUUUUUAUUCUGUUAACCUUGAGAGUCUGAUUUGAUUCAAUUCCAUUCCCUCAAAUUUUGCAUUUGGUCAAGAGUACUGCUGUGUUUGUAGGAAAUCACGUUUUGUGUAUGUUUGCACUCUUACAUAAACUGUCCACUAUUGGAAACUUAUGCGGCUGAGACCUUGAAGUGCUUCCAGUCUAUACCCUCAUCUUGUGUCCUGUGUAUUUGUUUCUCUCCUUUUAUUUUUUAGGUACAGCUAAGUGCCCAGCACUUUCUCCUUCCUCCUCUUUUGCCUUAAUUCUCUAGCCUUUCAUCCCUUUCUUCUUGUAGUUGUCUUUUUGUACUCCAGAUUCUUCCCAUUGCUUCUACCUUCUCACUGCUUUUCACUGCUUUUCGCCUGACCUGGGUGAAUUGCCAUGGUGUUUGUUUGAACACUGCCCAGCAAUAAGCAUUUAGUUAAAUAACCCUCAAAGAAGUUUCUUGUAGA